AUGGGCCAUGAGUUCACGGGUACUGUAGUCGAAAAGGGCUCCGCUGUUACUUCUUUUGACAUCGGUGACCAGAUUGUCUCACCCUUCACAUCCUCAUGCAUGCAAUGCUUUUACUGCAACAAUGGCUACUCUUCACGCUGUGUGCACAGCAAACUUUUCGGUUGCGGCGCCCUGGACGGUGCGCAGGCCGAAUAUGUGCGUGUUCCCAAUGCAGACGGAACUGCUAUGAAGGCCCCAAGCACUAUCUCUGACAAAGCCUUGGUUCUUAUGGCCGACAUUUGGCCAACUGGCUUUUUCGGUGCUAAGACCGGCUUCAACAUGCUGAAGGAAGAAGAAAGGUCUAAUGCCACUGCUGUUGUGAUUGGGUGUGGCCCUGUUGGUCUCUGCGCGGUCAUCUCUGCCCUCGAGUAUCGUCCUAAGCAUCUGUUUGCUAUUGAUAGUGUAGACAGUCGACUGGAGCUUGCUAAAAGUCUAGGCGCGGAGCCCCUGAAUUUCAAGACAGACCGGGCUGGCAUGGAAAAGCGGAUUAAAGAAGUGACGGAAGGCCGGGGGGCUGACGUUGUCAUCGAAGUUGUUGGACUCUCGCCAGCUCUGAGAACGGCAUUUGAUGUUGUUAGACCUUGGGGUGUGAUCAGCAGCAUCGGUGUUCACAACGGUGAGAUUCCGUGGACUGGGGAUGAAGCAUAUAGCAAGAACCUGCGAAUCCAAAUGGGUCGGUGCCCUGUACGAUCCAUCUUUCCCGAAGCCCUUGCCAUGCUGGAGAAGAAGCAAGAUAAACUUGGGUUCAUGUUUGAUCGCGUUAUGCCAUUGAGCGAUGCUGUUGAAGGAUAUAAUCUGUUCGACCUGAUGAAGGUCCAAAAGGUCAUCUUCACACCAUGA